AUUAGCAGUGUAAAUUUGGGUUGAUAUGUCACUGAUGUUUUAUGAACUCACUCCCCUGUUCCCCUCUGCAGUCAAGAUGACGACGGCCACGCCACUGAGCAGCAACACUCAGCUCUCAGGGAACGUGACCACCAAGUCUCAAGAACAAAGUCUCUACCAAAGUUCUGGAGCAAUAGUUGCUGCCAUCGUGGUGGGGGUGAUUGUGAUUUUCACAGCGGUUCUGCUCAUCUUGAAAACCUACAACAGGCGCGCGCGGGUCAGGCGGGAGCUGCAACCCAAACCCUCCAAGGCAGCGAUGCCACCUCCCCUGGGGCACAAGGGCCUGGCCCAGCCUCCCACAGUGACUUUCAUCCCCGUGGACAUCCACCUGCACGACAGGUAACCGGGAAAUCUCAUCCUCUCCGCCGGACAGGAGAUGGAGCUGCUGCUCACACGGCCCUGGGACUCCUCAGCCAAGCGUU